AAACAGUAAUGAGUCAAGUAAACACUUAUUAUAAAAGGUUCAUAUGAACUGUGUAAGAUUCGUAUUUUUUUUCUAUUUAAUUAUGUAGUCUGUCAAUAAAAUCCAAAAAUCUAUUUAUUCUAGUGUUGAUCUGUCAAACUUUAUAAAUCUGAAUUCAAACGAGAUAGGUAGGUAAAUCUUAGCAGCUAGCGCAGUUCGAACUUCGGCGCACUAAAUGCUUUUAUAGAUAGGUAGCUACCUAUCAAAAUCGAAAUUAUUGAUGUGGUUUAAACCUUGUAGUGCAAUUGCGUAUAUGCGCAGUAACGAUUCGAGAUGUUGUCUAAUCGCUUCAGACUGGGUGUGUAUAAAUAUAGUGCAUAUAAAUACUUGGGCAUAGCCCGAUCGUUAUCUAGUAUUGAUGCAUUGGAUCAGACAGAAAAUCUGAACAAUUGCUUAACAACUUUACCGACUAAAGCUAAAGUAGUAAUAUGUGGUGGUGGCGUUAUGGGAGCCGCUGUGGCUUAUCAUUUAUCAAAACGGGGAUGGGGUGGAGAAACAAUCGUCAUAGAAAAAGAAAGGGUUGGAGCAGGGAGUCGGUGGCAUUCAUCGGGUCUAGUUGGUGCAUUUAAGCCAUCCUUAGCCCAAGUUCGAAUUGCUCAAUCUUCCAUACAACUCCUUAAAGAUCUUGAGUCACGAGGGAGAGAAACUGGCUGGAAGCAGUGUGGAUCUCUACUAUUGGCAAGAACUAGGGAUAGAAUGACUGUGUAUAGGCGGAUGAAAAGCCAAUCAGUGUCCUGGGGCAUCCCAUGUGAGCUUGUUAGUCCAAAACGUUGUCAAGAAAUUUGGCCCUUGCUCAAUGUUGAGGAUGUCCUCGGUGGACUUUGGAUACCAGGUGACGGAGUCGGCGAUCCAUAUCUAUUCUGCAUGUCACUCAUGCGGGAAGCAACUGACAAUGGUGUUGGAAUAAUGGAAGAAUGUUCCGUGACUGCAGUUCAUUCUAAGAACGGUCGGGUUUCCGGCGUAGACACCACUCAAGGGUCUAUCGAAUGUCAAUAUUUUGUUAACUGUGCUGGAUUUUGGGCAAGGCAGGUUGGACAACUCGCAAAACCCCAAGUUAAAGUACCAUUACUGCCGUGUGAGCAUUAUUAUUUGCACACUAAACGUAUUGAAAAUCUGGAUCCAAUGACACCAGUUGUGCGUGAUCCAGAUGGCUAUAUAUAUUUACGUGAAAGGGAUGGAUGCAUCCUGGCUGGAGGAUUCGAGCCGAUAGCCAAACCUGUGUAUGAGGAAGAGAUUGAGAACACGUCACAACGCUGCCUCCCAGAGGACUGGGACCAUUUCCACGUGCUUCUUCAAGAGUUGCUGAAACGCGUACCCAGUUUGAAUCAAGCCGUCUUGCACAAACUCUGCAAUGGUCUUGAAGCGUUCUCGCCGGAUUGCAAGUGGAUAGUCGGGGAAGCACCGGAGAUGUUCAAUUACCACGUAGCGGCCGGUAUGAAAACUGUGGGUAUAUCAGCGGCCGGUGGGGUGGCUGAGGCGACUGUGGACGAAAUAGUCGAAGGAUACACCAAGUACGAUAUGUACGAGCUGGAUAUCAGCCGGUUCCUCGGAUUGCAUAAUAAUAAACGAUUCCUUAGGGAUCGGGUCAAAGAAGCGCCAGGUGUCCACUACGGUCUAUCUUAUCCUUUCCACGAGUUCGAGACGGGUCGCAAUCUCCGCUUGUCCCCCAUCUACCCCACGCUGAGGGACAAGGGCGCUGUGUUCGGACAAGUGAUGGGCUACGAACGACCGACUUGGUUUGAACCAGUCGAGAACGAUGCAGACAAACCCAGGCCAUUCAAGACAGCGUAUACAAAAACCUUCGGUAAACCGCAUUGGUUCGAAACAGUUCAAAGGGAAUACUGGGCUUGCCGAGAAGCUAUCGGUCUUGCGGACUACUCAUCUUUUACCAAAAUUGACUUACAGUCACAAGGCAACGAAGUGGUCGAAAUGCUACAGUAUUUAUGUUCGAACGACGUGGAUGUGCCGAUCGGAAGUAUCAUCCACACGGGAAUGCAGAACGAACGCGGCGGAUAUGAAAACGAUUGCAGUUUAGCGCGUAUCUCGGAGAAUCAUUACAUGAUGAUUGCGCCAACGAUCCAACAAACGCGCUGUAAGGUGUGGAUCAGGCGUCACCUACCUCCCAACGGCUCAGUGACGCUCUCCGAUGUGACGUCACUGUACACAGCUAUCUGCAUACUGGGCCCAUUCACCAGAAGCCUUCUGUCGGAACUCACGGAUACAGACUUGUCCCCUUCCAACUUCCCGUUCUUUACCUUCAAGGAGUUGGACGUUGGUCUCGCCAAUGGAGUUCGCGCUAUGAAUUUGACGCACACCGGUGAACUCGGUUAUGUGUUGUAUAUACCUAAUGAGUUCGCACUCCACGUAUACAAUCGUCUCACAACGGAGGGCGAAAAGUAUGGCAUCACGCACGUGGGCUACUACGCGGCGCGCUCGCUGCGCGUCGAGAAGUUCUUCGCCUUCUGGGGACAGGACUUGGACACUAUGACCACGCCGCUCGAGUGCGGACGCACGUGGCGGGUUAAAUUCGACAAAGACAUGCCGUUCAUCGGACGUGACGCUUUAUUGCAACAGCGCGAACAAGGCGUCCAUAGACAAUACGUGCAGCUGCUGUUGACAGACCACGACCACGAGCUCGAUCUAUGGUCGUGGGGUGGCGAACCGAUAUACAGGGACGGUAAUUACUGCGGGCAGACGACUACCACUAGCUAUGGAUAUACAUUUAAAAAACAGGUCUGCCUUGGCUUUGUUCAAAAUUUGGAUAAGGAUGGUGUCCCACAAAAGGUUACAAACGAAUACAUCUUGAGUGGUCAUUACGAAAUUGACAUUGCUGGAAUAAGAUAUGCAGCUAAAGUAAAUCUACACUCUCCCAAUUUACCUACAAAGUAUCCAGACAAGGAACGCGAUGUUUACCAAGCCACAAGGAAGUUACAUGAAUCACAGCACAUGGGAAGACAUUACCAGCCUUAGAGUAUGAAUUUUGAGCAACUAUGCAAAACUAUGAGUAAAAUAUGUAUACUUUAUUUACCAUAGCACUGUGAUUUUUAAUUACUAGUUGGUUGUUAAAGAUUUCAGUGGUAUGACAAAAAUGUUGCCUCAAUAUGAAGUAGGUUUUUUAAUUUAUUGACAAAAAAGGCAACAAUAAAUGAUUAUUAAAAUGUCAAUUGGGUUUCUUCUGAAUAAUACAUACAUAUGAGUAACCAACUAUGUGAUAGAUAUAUAGGUAUACUUAUUCUAUAAACUGGUUAUUAACAAUGUUUUUGUUUUUUAAAGCUAAUGUCGUUAUUUUAACUUCAGAAUUUGUAAAUCUUCUUGCCUUGUCUCUCCCUUGAAAUUUUAACCUAAGUAAUUGUUUGUAACAACUUAUGUAAG